AUGCAGCUCAUCGCUUUGCUCCUGCUGUUGCCACUCCUCGUGGUGGCCGCCUACCUGACCGCGGCGGCAGCCUCCGGUCGCCGGAGCUCGCGGUGCUACCUCCUGGACUACGUCUGCUACAAGCCGCCGGACGACCGCAAGGUCUCCACGGAGAUGCUGAGCGCCGCGAUGGACCGCAGAGAGCGGCUCAGCGUGCCCCUCCGCCGCUUCCUCCUCCGCGUCGUCCUCCGCUCGGGCCUCGGCGAGCACACCUACGCCCCGCGCACCGUCAUCGCCGGCCUCGAGCACAGCCCCACCCACCAGGACUGCCUCCACGAGAUGGACGCCUUCUUCCACGGCGCCGUGGCGGAGCUGUUCGCCAGGCAGUCGGGCCUCGGCCCUCGCGACGUCGACGUCCUGGUCGUCAACGUCAGCACGUUCCACCCGGCGCCGUCGCUCGCGUCCCGGAUCGUGCGCUCGCACGGCAUGCGCCACGACGUUGCGGCCUACAACCUCUCCGGGAUGGGCUGCGCCGCCGUGCUCGUCGCCGUGGACCUCGCCCGGAGCACCAUGCACGCGCGGUCCCGGUCCCAGUCCCCGCGGCGCCCGACGCUUGCGCUCGUCGUCUCCGCGGAGUGCAUCACGCCCAACUGGUACGCGGGCGUCGACAGGUCCAUGAUGCUGGGCCAUUGCCUCUUCCGCUGUGGCGGCUCGGCCGUGCUGCUCACCACCGACCCGGCGCUCCGCGGGCGCGCCAAGAUGGAGCUCCGCAUCCUGGAGCGCGCCACCGUCGCCGCCGCCGACGACGCGCACUCGGCCAUCGUGCAGCGCGAGGACGGGGACGGCCUCGUCGGCAUCAGCCUCAGCAAGUCGCUCCCGAAGGUCGCCGUCCGAGCCUUCGCCGCCAACAUGACGUGCCUCGCGCCGCGCAUCCUCCCCGUCACGGAGCUCACCCGGUUCGCGGCCGUCGUGGCAUGCCAAAAGCUGCUGCGCUGCGGUAGCAGCUCUAAGGUCAACUUCAAGGCCGGGGCCGACCACUUCUGCCUCCACCCCGGCGGCGUCGCGGUGAUCGACGCGGUGAAGCGGGACAUGGGGCUGGAAGAGCGCGACGUGGAGCCGUCGAGGAUGACGCUGCACAGGUGGGGGAACACGUCGACGAGCAGCGUCUGCUGCGUCUGGGAGGUCACCGGCGACAUGGCCGACAAGGGUGCCUGGGCCGACUGCAUCGACAGCUACCCGCCGGAGAGCCUGGCCAACCCGUUCCUGGGCAAGUACGCCUGGAUGAACGGAGGAGACCAGGCCGACGAUGCCCCGUCGGUCGGUUCACAUGCCAGCUGA